CCGUAGCCGCGAGUGCGCCGCCGGUUCCUGCUCGGGUAACCUGCUGUUUCCCCUCAGGGCGCGCUCGCUUCGAGGCCGCUAUGAGCGACAAGGGGGAGCUGGACCUGGCCGGGGCCAAGCAGAACACGGGCAUGUGGCUCGUCAAGGUUCCAAAAUACUUAUCACAACAGUGGAAUAAAGCUUCAGGAAGAGGUGAAGUUGGCAAGCUAAGAAUUGCCAAGAAUCAAGGAAGAACAGAAGUAUCUUUCACUUUGAAUGAAGAUCUUGCCAACAUUGAUGAUAUUGGUGGGAAGCCAACUUCCAUCAGUGCACCCAGAGAACACCCUUUUCUCUUACAAAGUGUUGGAGGACAGAUGUUAACCGUGUUUACAGAGAGUUCAUUGGAAAGCCAGACAGAUGAAAAAUCUGAAAUCAGCAACAGCGAAAAACUGUCUCUGGAAGGAAUAGUAGUCCAGCGUGCAGAGUGCAGACCUGCAGCCAAUGAAAAUUACAUGAAGUUGAAAAGGCUUCAGAUUGAAGAAUCUUCUAAACCUGUAAGCUGGACUAUGCAGCUGGACAAAGCUGUAACCACUAACUACAAACCCGUGGCUAAUCAUCAAUAUAAUAUUGAUUAUGAAAAGAAGAAAAAGGAAGAUGGAAAGAGGGCUCGGGCUGAAAAGCAGCAAGUACUGGACAUGCUUUUUUCAGCCUUUGAAAAACAUCAGUAUUACAACAUUAAAGACUUGGUGGACAUAACUAAACAGCCGGUGAGCUACUUGAAAGAAAUUUUAAGAGAAAUAGGCAUCUACAACGUUAAGGGAACACACAAGAACACUUGGGAACUUAAGCCAGAAUACAGGCAUUACCAAGGAGAAGAUAAGAGCGAUUAGCAUAAUUGUUGAGCCAGCAAGGAAGUUGUCAAUUGUGGGAGCAGGAAGAGUUGCUGAACUGUUCACCCUUAAAAUACUAAGUGUUAAUAAUUUUUAAGAUUCUGCAAGAAACAUGUUUUGGUUCUGCAAACAUAUUAUUUAAAGAAUAAACAUGCAUUAGGUUUCUUUGUAAUAAUUGGCCUUUUAUCAUUUUAUUUUUUUACAUUUUGUAAAAAUAUAACAAUGUUAGUAAGGACUGGUA